GAGUUCGAGUUCGGCAAGCUCGCCGGGAACUCGGACGUCUACGUGGGUGGUAUGCCUAGCUGGUACAACAGCAAGCUGACGCUCUUGGCGCUGCCUAGCGUCAUAUUCGAGCCAAGAUUCAAUGGAUUUAUUAGGAAUCUCGUGUAUGCCGAUGGAGAGAAUACUGUGCCCAGAAGGCAGGAGAUGAAGAGUCGGGAUGUCAAGUGCGGUGGCUUUCCCUGUGUCGAGAGCACCAAUAAACGCAAGUCGCCGAGGAGUUUACGCAAUAUGGCGAAUACGACAGAUGCCUGUGAAACUCGCGAUCCAUGUCAGCAUGGAGGCAUUUGCAUUUCUACAGACAGUGGACCGAUCUGUGAGUGUCGCACCGGCGAUUAUGAAGGCGCAUAUUGCGAGAAAGACAAAGCUCCCUCGGAAGCAUCCUUCAGAGGGACUGAGUAUCUCACGAUAGAUUUGAGCAAAGGAGAACCAGUACUCAGUACACAAGAAUCCAUAAGCCUCCAGUUCAAAACGAGAGCAGCAAAUGGACUUCUAUUUUAUUCCGGAGAGGGCGAUGAUUAUCUCACUAUAUCGCUGAGAGACGGAGGCGCCGCAGUCAGUAUGAGCCUAGCCAAAGGAAGAUUGGAUUUGCACAUAAAGCCGGUCAAGUUACGAUUCGAUGAUCGUCAAUGGCACAAAAUCGUCGUCCAUCGGAAGGUCCAAGAGAUCUCUUCAAUAACCAGCUUUUGCAGGCUCUCUGCUAUUGUCGAUGGGGUUUACGCUGAGCAUGGUCAUACUGCGGGAUCAUUCACACACUUGGCCAGUGAUCGACUUCUCGUCGGUGGAGGAGCUGAUGCGAGGUCCUUGCAGGGUGCCAAAGGGAUCAUCAACUUUGUUGGAUGUCUGAGAAAGGUGGAAUUUGCUGCAGAAAGAAUCAGAAUGGAACUGAUUGAAGCGGCCAAAAGCGGAGCGGCUGGUGUUGCGGCUUGGGGAAAAAUGGAUUUUUUCUGUCGUGAACCGAGAACAGCAGAUCCAAUUACGUUUACCACUAGGGACUCGCAUCUCGUUCUGCCACCCUGGAAAGCUGCCAAGACCGGGACUAUAUCCUUCAAAAUUCGUACGAACGAGCCCAAUGGAUUGAUCAUGUAUAGUCGCAGCGGAGCACAAACGAGGGAAGAUCUGUUUGCCUUCGAGAUUCUUGGCGGAUAUCUUUAUACACAUGCUGAUCUCGGGAGCGGCUCCGUUAAAGUAAAAUCGUCAAAGACACGCGUGGAUGAUGGCACCUGGCACGACGUUGUCUUGAGGAGAGUCGAGAGAGAAAUUCGAGUUACUGUCGACAGCAACAUAGUCGAGUUUCGUACGCCAGGAGAUUCCACGCAAUUAGACUUGGAUGGCUUAUUAUAUAUCGGUGGUGUGGGCGCACCUUUUGCGCCUUUAACUGUUCCGCCUGUUUUGUGGACGGGCGCCCUUCGACAAGGCUACGUGGGAUGCAUGAGAGAUCUCGUCAUUAAUGGAAAUCCAAUAGACAUCGCGGGAUAUGCGCAGCAACAAGAUUCGGGUGCAGUAAGACCCGCAUGUCACAUGCAAGCCUCACAUUGUUCUUCGAACCCGUGUAUGCAUCGUAGCGUUUGCCUUGAAGGAUGGAAUCGAUUUCACUGCGAUUGCACUAACACAUCUUUCACAGGACCUACCUGUGGCAAAGAUGCAUCGACAUUGCAUCUGAACGGUACGCAACAAAUGACGGCGUUGAUGCCGGAAGACUCCAGAACACAGGCGGAGGAAAUUGUCGUGCGAUUCAAAACGACGAGACCGCGCGGCCUUCUAUUAGCGACUAGCUUUGAAAACAGUGCUGAUCGCUUGCAGAUUUAUCUAGAAGAGGGCAAAGCAUAUAUGCUGAUUCACAUCGGAGACCGAGAAAAGUUAUUGACAACUGGGCAAGGUCUUAAUGAUGACUUGUGGCAUACACUAAAAUUCUCCAGACGAUUCAAUUUGCUCAAAUUCCAGAUCGACGAUGAUACAGCAAUGCGAGCGGAAGCGCAGCUGGGAAAGCAGGGUAUCUUGGAAUUUCGAACGCUCCACGUAGGCGGAUAUCUUCACGCGGGCGAGGACAUACCGCAUUUCGUGGGCCAGUUGCAGCAGAUCUGGUUCAACGGAUAUCCAUACUUGGAGAUUGCGCGCAGCGCUGGAAGCCAUCAGACCUCACAUCAGGGUGUCGCACCCAUCAUUCGGGUCACCGGCAAGUUCGGGAAAAGAAAUCAUCCGGUUCAUCAUCCGGUGACCUUCACCUCCAAGCACACUUUCGUAGGACUUCCGGUACUCAAAGCGUACUUGGAGACCAACAUUUAUUUCCAGUUCAAAACGCGCGAAACGAACGGCUUGAUCCUUUACAAUGCUGGAAGAGAGCAUGAUUUUAUUGCGGUUGAGCUGGUAAACGGACACGUACACUACGUGUUUGACUUAGGCGACGGAGCUGUCAGGGUCAGGGACACUUCGAAGUCCAAGUUGAACGAUGGCAAAUGGCAUGCCGUCAGUAUUGGCAGACCUGCCGCAAAGAGGCACACACUCUCUGUGGACGAUCACGUGACCGCUGUCAACAGCCAAGGUAGCAACGAGAAUCUUGAUCUCGAUGGCAUUUUGUAUAUAGGUGGAGUGGAGAAGGCGCAAUAUGGCCAAUUACCAAAACAGAUUCUCAGCCGUCACGGAUUCGAGGGGUGUCUGGCGUCGUUGGAUCUCAGCGGGGAAAGUACCGACCUCAUUACCGAUGCCGUCGUGCCGAGUUCUUUGAUCACAUCCGGAUGCGACAUUUACACCAACAUACAUCCGGGCAAGAAGUGCACUCAUGAUCUCUGUGCCAAUCAUGGAACAUGCGUGCAACAAUGGAAUAGCUACACAUGUGAUUGCGACAUGACGAGUUUUACCGGGCCGACUUGUAACGAUGAGGCUAUCGCUUACGAAUUCGGAGCAGGAAGAGGAAUUAUCACGUAUACGUUUCCGCCUGAUCGUCGACCGGAAAUGAAAAGAGAUACUGUGGCCUUGGGUUUCGUUACCAGCGUUAAUGACGCUGUGUUGCUUAGAAUAGAAUCUGCGUCGAGUAACGAUUAUCUUGAAAUCGAAAUUGUGGAAGGUAACGUUUUUGCGGUUUAUAAUAUGGGCACCAACGAUCAUCCAAUAGGCGAAGUUGGCGUGAAAGUUAACGACAACCAAUAUCACGUGGUUAGAUUUACCAGAACUGGGCCGAACAGCACAUUACAAGUCGAUGACUACAAUUUGCAAUCUAAUCAUCCAUCAGGUCAUCAGCUGACAGUGUUCAACAGCCAGUCUACUAUUCAGGUAGGCGGUCGAUGGAAUCGCAGCAAGGGCAGAGUGGAACGACCCUUUCUCGGCGUGAUAGCCGGACUAGUCGUCAAUGGUGCCAGAAUUUUAGAACUGGCAGCUGCUAAAGAUGGUAAAGUUGCAACUAGAGGAGAUGUGCAGCUUCUGCCAGCAGGAAGUCUCUUGGAUCGCGCCCCGCCUUUACAAAGAAUGCAACAGACACCAGCGUCCGGAUUUCCCGGCGUCAUGGACGACCUCAUAUUCUCCGGCGCCGGAAGUGGCUGCGCCGGCGAUGAUGAGGACGAGGAGUGCACUCCGAUCUACGAGUCAGGCUCCGAUGACAUCAUCACACCAGUGUACGUGGCGCCUACACGAUUGCCAACGACAUUGAGGCCGAAGCUGCACAAAGAAAAUAUUCAAGAGCGUCCAACCUGCGAUGACGAGGAAGAUUGCGAAGAGGGCUCCGGCGAUCCCAGAACGACAGAAGAAAUUUUUGUCACCUCGGUCACCGAUAUCAGCUCGGUAACGUACACGACGCCCCGCGAGUACUCGACGAGCCAUAUUAGCACCCAGACGACGUCGCCGUCGUCGACAACGUUGGGUCGCGACGUCGUCACCGUCUCCGUCCAAUACAACGUGUCAACCACAGACCUCGAGACCAGCCAUAGCAGCAGCGUCGUAACGCAUCGAUCGACAACCGUGACAACGCAGACGACCACGACGGAAAUGACGGAGCCACCACCGCCACCUCCACCGCCGGUGUAUCCACCGAUGCCCACUCCGCCCAAGAACAACAACAAUAAGCGGAUCACAUCCGAAGCGGCAGAGAAUGCCGCGCUUAUAAUUGGCAUUAUAGCCGCCGCAUUAAUAGCGAUAGUCUUGAUCAUAUUGAUAAUCCUCAAGUUUAAGAAUCGGCCAGAAACGAGUUAUAAGGUGGAUGAAACAAAGACGUUCUGCCAGGAUCCAAACGCGGCUCUGUUAGGCGCUGCUGGCUCUGGCCAGCCCUUCAAUGGCGCCUUGAAAAACGGCGCCAACGGCAGCAAAAGCAACAAGAAACGAGAACUAAUAGACAUUAAAGAAUGGUACGUGUAAAGGGGGGGUAUCCACAUACUGAGCAGGACAUUGCCUUGUGCUUGAGAUUUACGUAUAAGGAGUAUGGCCAAGAACUUGGCCAAAGAACGUGCACGUCAUUUUUCGUCGCUGGAAAGGAUCGAGAAUUGAAAGAAGCAGAGAAGAAUAAAUGAACACAUAGUCUCUUAUGACUCUCGUACAGGUGUACAAAGAAAAUGUACUCGCUGAUCAGAGCAUUCUCAUAGAAGAUACUUGUCUGCUAAAUAUUAAACGGGUCUGGUCCAAUGCGAUUAUUGAGAUUCCAAA